AUGGAGGUGGACCUUAUAAACUGGGGCACCUGCGACUCCUGCCCCCACGAGAGCGUCAUCGGGCCUGCCUCAAGCAAGGUUUUUGCCCACUGUUUGAACACAGUGGACGGCGUUGGCAUUAUUGCUAUUGGAAAUGUAGGGCAGCUUCAGAAGACAACUAAUUUGGUGAGGCCAAACUACAUCGUGAAUUUGAGUUCAGUAGCUGUGGCUGGCUCUACACUACAACUGCCUACAGAUACUUUCUAUGGUGAUGGCAAAGGCGCCAUGAUUGACAUCGGAACCACAUCUAUAUAUCUCCCGGAGAUUUUUUAUAAGCAUCCAGACACCUUAUUCUGGAGUGUCCGGGAUAUUCUUUAUAUGAAACAUCAUGGAAGAGUGGAUGAUGUCUUCCCUAAAAUCACCUUUCAUUUUGACGGAGGCCUUGCAUUGGAUAUCUAUCCACACGAUUACCUUCUGAACAACGGGAGUGAUUGGUACUAUGUUGUUCUGAGAAAUGGAAGGUCACAGCCCGAACAUAUGAAGAACUUGGUGAUUCUUGGAGACAUAGUUUUCUCAAACAAGCUUGUUGUGUAUGACCUGGAAAAUCAGGUUAUUGGAUGGACAGACCAUGACUGUGAGAUACUCGCUUAA